AUGGCCUUCAUUUCGAACAUCAAGCGAUUCCAUCGCAAUAAUGUCGCAACUGUACGUAACUCGCCGCUUGCUGAGAUAUCGGGCGCGCUCGGCGAUCUAGGUACCCUUCUGCCUCUUAUGAUCACCCUCGCGGUCAACGGCUCAAUCUCGCUAUCGACAACCCUUGUGUUUUCCGGCUUCUUCAACCUCGUAACCGGUGUCGUAUUCGGUAUUCCCCUACCGGUACAGCCUAUGAAGGCCAUCGCAGCGGCAGCCAUAGCCUCUCACGCCUCGGAACGCGAAACCGUAGCAGCAGGCAGCGUGGUAGCUAUUAUCGUAUUGCUUCUGAGCAUUACAGGUCUAUUGCACUGGGUUACGCGUAUAAUACCCAUUCCCGUAGUCAAAGGAAUCCAGUUCGGCGCCGGUCUCUCCCUUGUCAUCUCCGCGGGUACCUCUUUGCUUCAGCCCUUCAUCCAUAAUUGGGCUUUCGCUCUCGACAACCUCGCCUGGUCCUUAGCCGCCUUCUUGCUGCUCAUAUUGACCCAGAGAGCAUCUCGGUUUCCGUACGCCCUAAUUAUAUUCGUUACCGGCCUAGUCCUUGCCAUAAUAUUUGUUGCUACGAGCUCCUACCAUCUACCGCAUUUCCAUGUCUGGCACCCCUGGUUUGCACUUCCGUGGUGGAGUGCUGAUGCUAUCGGUAUGGGCAUCGCGCAGCUGCCACUGACGACGUUAAAUUCGAUCAUUGCCGCGAGUGCCCUCGCGACGGAUCUGCUACCGAAUCUGCCGGCACCCAGCGUCACUGCCCUCGGCAUCAGCGUCGCCGGUAUGAACCUCUUGGGAUGUUGGUUUGGUGCUAUGCCUGUCUGUCAUGGGGCCGGGGGCCUCGCGGCACAGUACAGAUUUGGUGCGCGGAGCGGUGCAAGCAUCAUCUUACUGGGUCUAUUUAAGAUGAUACUCGGUAUUGUCUUCGGCGAGACGUUAUUGGAUCUUCUGAAGGGGUUUCCGAAGAGCCUUCUGGGUAUCAUGGUCAUCGCUGCCGGUCUGGAACUGGCAAAGGUGGGCCAGAGCCUGAACCACGGCGCCUCGGAUCUAUGGGAGUCGUCAGUAGAUCAGGAUCAACAGAAAAGGCAUAAGAACAUCUCGGACCAAGAAAGGUCAGAAAGGUGGACUGUCAUGCUCAUGACUACGGCAGGUAUCUUGGCUUUCAAGAACGACGCUGUUGGUUUUGUAGCUGGGAUGCUCUGUCAUUGGGCCUACAAGUUUGCGGAUUGGCAAACCCCAAACCGGCACGCCGUAGACGAAGGAGCUGUAUUCAAUUCAACAGCGAUGACUUCGUCCAUAGCUGCCGCGACCUAUCCUGGUCGCCAACCAGUAGUACAUCAUGGCUCUCCGCCGCCAAGCGUGCCGCCCGCAGCCGAUCCAGAUCCCGCAUCUGUUGCCACUGCCACUGCCGAUGCGAAUGCGCCGAUGCCUUUUUCGGCUCAACAAGAUACCUACCGCGAUGAUAUUCAAGAGAUGCAUUCAAUGCCCUCGCCCCCUACGGUCUCCCCCCUUUCUACGCCGGCAGCGACCCAAGUGAACAUUGGCGAUAAUGACGAUGUUCCCGACCUCUCUACCGGGCCUCUACCAGCUACGAAUGGAGCCUCUGAACUCACCUCGGCCGUCCAUCUAGCUUCUGCCAACUUGGGCGUAGCUACAGAUACCUUUCCUAUGAAACUCGAUCGAACCCAGAUACUAGACAAUACACAGCGAUCGCGCAACCAAGUGGAAGCUGUCGCGACUACCGACCCCGAACCUGCAGGCAUAGACUUCUCGUCUCGAAAUAUGUCUUCUAACUUGCGACACACCCAGGGUACUGUACAACCCAAUGCCUAUAUUAUGAAUAUCGCCCAGGCUAGUUCGGCCCUCUUCCAGAAUCAGGGACCCUCCAUUGUAGCCCCCUCCGAGGUCUCCUUGCAGGCCUCGUUUACUCCCCAGGAAAGCGAUGCUGUGACGACAAGCGGCGACCGCACAUCGACUAGCGCCAGCCAAAAGUUAGAAUCUUUUGCCAGGAUAGAAUUUGCCGAUAGUGUUUUUCAGAUGACUACUUACGCUGUCAUUAUUGGUCGCGAUCAACGGGCCAUGGAUCAAGCCAGGAGGGAUGAGAAGAGGGAGUUGAACUACAGACGCAAAGUGGAAGAGAAUGCGAGAAAUGGAUUGCCUCCCCCGACGCCCCUCAACGUCGACCGCGGGAAGUUUAGUAAAUCCUAUGUGAGCGAGGAAGGUGGCAUGCUAGGUCCUGAGUCGGAUGGUGAAGAUAAUGUGCGACCUGUGAAGAAGCGCCGCCCAAGUUCUGCGAAUAGGUCUCAUAACGGUGACGAAGACGCUCAAAGUGACCAUGUCAAGUCCAACAGGCAAUAUGUUUCCCACACCCCCGGAGCCGCCGCCGUAGAUUUAGGCACCUUACAACCGUCGCCCUCUCACAUCCCAUUCGUGGGUAUUCAUUCUCCCGGGCCGGAUAUCGCAAGUAAAACUCGCGGUAUAUCGAGACAACAUCUUAAGAUUGAAUUUAAUGAGAAGAGAGGCGUAUUUGAGGCUGUUGCCCUACACAAGAACGGUUUUUUCUGCGAUGACACGCAUUACGGUCUCGACGAUCCAGUUACCCUCAGGAGCGGAGAUCGACUUCAAAUCAAAGAUGUGGAGUUCACAUUUAUCCUCAACGGUGUUCAACUAGGUAAGACAGGCGGCGAGGAGUAUCACGAGGAAGAGACUUCGAGUAAACGUAUGUCUAUCGGAGGCAAAGAGAUGAGCUUUGACUUUGAACACUCUGACCAUGAGAACUUCCGGGAUACAAGCGAAGAGCUAUCAGAGAUUGAGAAUGUACCGACCCCUGUCGUCGGGUUUGAUGAAGGUGAUGGAGAAGGAGAUGGCGAGGGUGAAGGCGAAAAUGACGGUGAAGGUGAAGACGAAGAAGGUGACGAUCAAGGAGUCACUGAGCUACAAUCUGACGAAGUAGACGAGUCGAAUAUUGGCAUGAUGAACUCCACUGAAUUUCAGGACAUGCAUCAGUCCCAAUUUAUGAAUCCUGAUAUGCCGAAGCGGCGUGGUCCAGGGCGACCGCCCAAAGAUGGGAUAAUGUCAAAGAGGGAACGGCGACUGCUUAAGAAGCAGAUGCAAGAAACCUCUAAGAAGACUAUUCCUCAAGACCCGCAAGGACAAAACGAGAAGAUCAAACGGCCGGUAGGCCGACCUAGGAAGAAUCCCCUCACCGAAGACGGGGACAAGCCGGAGAAGAGAAAGUAUAACAAACGAAGGCCAAAGGAAGAAGGCGAAGAAGGUUCUGAUGCUGAGAGGCGGGCGAGAGAAAAGAAAGAGAAGAAGGUCCGGCCGAAGUCGCCGCCUUUGGAGCUCCGAAAGGAGGACUUCACCGAAGAGCAGCUACAGAAACCUACUAAGAAUUAUGGUGUUCUGAUUGAUGAGGCCUUAACAAAUGGACCUCCAGAUGGCCUGACCUUAAAACAAAUCUACAAGAGAAUCAUGUCAAAAUAUCCAUGGUUCUACUUCUCUGCUGAGACAAAAGGAUGGGAAAGUAGUGUUCGGCAUAAUCUAAUUGGGAACGAAGCCUUCAAGAAGGCUGAGGGAACCGGACUUUGGUCUCGUGUUCCCGGCGUUGAGCUUGAUGCUGGAAAGAAGCGCAAAGCAAGCUCACCAGAUCGACAGCUUGGAUCAGCUCACCUUCACUCGCAGCUAUCAACACAGUAUUACCAAAACGGUUCUUACUUACCCGCGGGCAACUACAACUACGGCCAUAAUGUAUCACACUAUACCAAUGACACAAAGCAGAUACCAACGGGAUACCACCCUCCUACAAACCAACCUCCUCAACCCCUUUCAGCACAAUCUUCCCAACCAGUCGUCCAGCCAGUUUACUCGACGCAAUCUCCCGCGCCUGCACAAUUGCCCCCUGGGUAUCUGGCCAGGCAAUCCCAUAACGCCCAGCAAAGUACUUACAGCUCGCCUUACGCGAAACCGCCCCCCCAAACUAAUAUUCCCGUCAAAUCAGAAGCUCCUGCAGUACAAAACCCUCAGGCACUACCUGCAGCUCCAGUGCAACAACCCCUAGCGCAACCUCCCUCGCAACACCAGCAAUCGCAACAGGUAUCAAGUAUUCCUGAGAACAUAGUUCGAUCACCGCUAUCACCAGAAAUCGAGAGAGCCAUUGCUCAGUUUAGGGGAAAUAUGUUAAACGUUAUUUCGAAGCAGACACCCCAUGCUGCACAAAUCAUUGACUCGGCCAUAAGUCGUGCGCGAGGGUUAUCGGUCCAGACCAGUGUGCCUCCUGGGUUUGAAUCAGUCGAAAAAACACUAUUUAACGCGGUACAAAAUAUGAUUACCGAAAUGCAAGCGAAGCGACAACAGCAGGCAACUUCUGCUUCUCCCGCUCCCGCCUCAGCUUUACCGAAUGCUGCGAAGUCAACGCCGACUCCGAGCGCGCCAACGCCAAGUCCAGCACCUGCGGCCACGCUUGAAGCUGAAAUACAACGUAGAAUCAGGAACUUUAGGGGCACUAUGGUUGUCGCUCUUAGGAAGAAGACAGACCAAGCAGAGGCUAUCGUGGACUUGGCUAUUAACCGAGCCCAAGGGUUGCCAAAUGCUGGACCGAUUCAAGGCUGGGAGGAGGCAGACAGAUUGAUGGUUAAGUCUGUCACGCAGAUAAUUGCAGAUGCGCGCAGAGCGCAUAGCCUCCAGGUACCACCCCCGCCUUCAGGGGCAAUUCAAGCUCCGCAACAGGUUCCGCGACAAGCUCCAUCCGCAUCACCGGCUCCAACUCAGCCCCCUACUCCUACAACGGGGACCGCUCAAACUAGUCAAGGAACAGCACCAAGUAUACCCUCACAAACUAUCUCGGCAACUAGUACAAGGCCAACGCCAUCAGUUACCCGCCCCGGUGUUUCAAUCCAACGUCCAACCCCGAUGGGUAUCUCGCGCCCAGGGGUGAACUCAAUUAGUCGACCUUCUAUUAUCCGCAAGGAGUCAACAGGUACACCAAGUUUGCCAAGUCCAGGCGUACCGGCAGCACCAAUGCACAAUGUUUCUAGUCCAGCGCUACCAAGUGCUGGAGUUGUUGAUCAAAUCGUGGGGCAGAAGCGACCACACGACGAUGCGUUCAGCCAUAGUCAAGGAACUGCCGACAGACCGGAGCCGGUUAAAGCCCCCACACCUAACAUGUCUACUCCAGCACCACCUAGCGCAGGUGUCGUUGAUCAAAUCGGACAGAAGAGAUUGCGUGAGGACGGACCUGUCAAUAGCAACGGAGGUGUUGGGCAACACGAGCAACAUAGCAAGGUCGUCGCGCCUGCAUCCGCACCUGCGCCGGUACCCAAUAUAUGCAGUCCUGCACCGCCCAGUGCAGGCGUAGUCGACCAAAUCGCUGGUCAAAAGAGGAACUUGGACGAAGGGCCUGGGAGCACGGGCUCAGAACAACCCGAUGCUAAGAAGCCAGCCAUCUCGUCGGCUUCAACCUGA